AUGCCUCUGCAAGACGUACCGAAGCAGGCGAAGGAGGCCGCCACAAAAGGCCUGCCCGAUCCCAAGACUACAUCCGGCAUAAUCAAUCAAGAGCAGAGCGAGCUUGGACCAAAUCAGCUGUUGAGUGAACAUAUGAACGCCGCUGGUGACCCCGUCCCCGAUCCUACCUGGGGCAACAAGGCUAAGAAGCCCAGCGACGCGCUCGACGACGACGCGGACCUGUAUACAGCCAUGAACGCUGAAACUGCCGACUUUGAUUAA